AUGAAUCAAGCAGGCCUCGCCGAGCAAGGUGCAAUCCCUCUGCCAUCCAUUCCAGCACAAGAAACAAGCCAACGUGAGCUAUUGUCGUCCUCUCCAACCGUCCCCAGUGUUUCGGAAGAGCAUACCUCUACCACAAUCCCUGCUCCAAGAACUGAGAAUCAAGGAAACACAAUCAGUCAGACGAGCCAAUCAGGCGCUCCAUCAACGCAGCAGGGUGCUAAACCGCCAAUUGGCUGGCCGACCAUAGCUGCCAAACAAUCCAGGCAGUAUAAUACGGGCAACUUGCGAAAGUUUGACGUAUUGAACCGAAGAGUCCUUGUGGACGACCAGACCAAAAUAUGGGCUCUGGAGAAGAUUCUGCAUGAAAAAGAUAAUGAGGACGCACAACAUAAUUUGGACGGGCUGACAAAACUGCCUUUCAAUCCAGCAGAUCUCGUUCAUACAGGCUGUGUCGCGGCUCAUCAACAUCUGCAUCUUCGUUCAACGCAAUCCUCCUCUCGUGCCAGUAGCGAGCAGUCGGAACAAUCAGAUGAAGAAUUCUCGAGGCAGCCAUCGGAGCAAGCUUCGAGCCAGACCUCGGGAUCUUCUUCUCCAUAUUCGUGUCCCCAAUACACAAAAGAUCAAGUCAUGGAAGCACUGUCCUACAGAUUGACAAAGUACUGUAUGAAUUGCCAUAUACCCUUCCAGACCUUGAGGACCCGCUUGACAAUUGCUAACUACAAAGACUUGCUCAUGAUUCUGUCCAGACACGUCGAAAGUCUGCCAAGAGUUAGUAGCUACUCUUACAAGAAUUUCGAAAGCUUUGUUGGAAAAGAUUCUCUGGAAGGCGAUGCUUGGAAGGCCCUGAUGGACGAAGAGGAGGACUUCAUUACGACAAGAAAAGACAUGGUGCACGAGAAAUUCGAGUGGCUCAUGCAUGGACAGCCGAGAUUUGGGCUUGAUAAAAUCUUCAUGGCAAUAUUCCGACAGAAGGGGAACUCUACGGAUUCUGAUGACAAGAAUAAAUACGUCAGUCCCAAGAAACUGGAAAUCUUUACCAAGAUCAUCAUUGGGCUGUUCUGCAUGGGGAUGCUGGUGGGCCCGGUCGGGAUACUGUUGCUCGUGCCGCUUACCGACGCGCAGUCUUUUGGCCUCGUCGUUGGUUUCAGCAGCGUCGUCGUGUUUGGACUCAGCGGCCUGGACAGCUUCUACGCGACCCUGGUAGCGUUUAGCACAUACACGGCUGUUUUGGUCACGUCGCUUUCAAACCUGUACCAGGCUCGAAUUCAUUGA